AUGGGUUCCGAAGAAGAUUUAUCAACAGAAAAUGAACGCAUCUUAGGUCGCAUUGCUAAGGCUAAAUAUCAUACAGAUUUUUAUAUUCUUUAUAAGUAUCCAUUCGCUGUAAGACCAUUUUAUACAAUGUCUGAUCCAGAUAAUCCUAAAUAUUCCAACAGUUAUGGUAUGUUCAUGCGUGGUGAAGAAAUUCUGUCGGGUGCUCAACGUAUCCAUGGUCCACAAUUAUUAAUUCAUCAUGUAAAACAUCAUCAAAUCAAUGUUAAUCAAAUAAAAUCAUAUAUUGAUGCAUUUCGUUAUGGUUGUCCACCGCAUGCUGGCGGUGGCAUUGGUUUAGAACGUGUAAUUAUGCUCUAUUUAGGUUUGGGUAAUGUACGAAAAACAUCAAUGUUCCCACGCGAUCCGAAACGCGUCACGCCAUAA